AUGAGCGAUUCUUUACGAGACAAGCAGUUCUCUCAGUCCUCCAUUGACGCGGCUACUGUCGCAUCAUUUCCAAAUCUGUCGCCCGUGCACGAAGCCGAGGAGACGAAGCCGCCGGUCAUCAACAUUACUAGUCAAAACGACGUGGUCAGAAUGGGCGUUACUGACCGUCAAGACGACGACGAUGUGGCCGUUAAUUCCGUUGCGCUCAUGGACGUAGACGACGAGCAACAGCAGCAAGUGACGAUCGAUACACGGCUACCUUCUUACUCGUCGUCUUCAAGCAAUGGCUACACACUAGAGAACGAUCUGCGUGCCAUGAACAAUCAGAUGAAGCGUGUGUUGGCUUUUUGCGAGACUCAGCGUGAGAAUCCGCUGCGGUUGCAGACCAGGAUCAUUGACUUGGAGGAACAGCUGCGUCAAGUCAUUGCUGAGAAGAAUUACUGGAUGAAGCGAUGCAAGGACCUCAUAGGUCACCAGCCAUCCGCCGUCGAGAGCUCGAAGAUGGAUCUGCAUGACGUUAAGAAAUGUCCUCGCAAACGCUCAAACUCGGAGCUCAUCGUGAUUGCCGACACGUGGGCACAGCCUGGCCGUGAUGGUAUUUACAGUGAAGACACUUCCAGCGUCGUGGAGAGCGAUGCGUCUUUCGGCUACAGUAAGACUGAGCUCGUGGACGAUGGGGCCGCUAUGCGCUCGUGUUUCCGGCUAUUGCAGUGCUCAGACGAGCAGUGCGAGGUAUUCAACCCCACGAAUCGCAACAUCCGUACGCAUCACUGCUCGCGUAAUAAUGUGCAGCUCAUGUGGGACGAGCCGCCUAAGUCGGUCCUCAUUGUGAAGAAACCCAACGAACCGGAAACGACAGACAUGCUCGUGCGACUGGCUCCUUGGCUUCAUACAGAGAAGAACAUUGACAUUUUUCUUGAACCUGAUGUACAUGAAGAGAUAUCGUUGCCAAACACUAAGACAUGGGGCAGCAAGCCAGAGGAGUGGGAGGAGUGUCAACGAAGAAUUGACUUUGUAAUUUCUCUGGGUGGUGAUGGCACGGUGCUGUGGGUUUCUUCACUCUUUAGCAAGAGCGUCCCACCCGUUUUCUCGCUGGCAAUGGGAUCACUGGGGUUUCUAACUCCGUUUAAAUCUGACAAUGUUGUGGAGGAACUUACCACUGUCAUUAAUGGGGGCUUUUACAUGUCAUUGCGUUCACGUCUUACAUGUACCGUGUACCGUGGCGGCAAGGAGCGCAAAAUUAGUGGAAACUUGCACGCGUUGAAUGAAAUUGUGAUCGAACGCGGGUCAUCGGGUGCGCUUGUAGAGCUCAACUGCUUCUGCGAUGGUCUUGAAGUCACCAAGAUUGCUGCGGACGGUAUCAUCAUCGCAACGCCAACAGGCUCCACAGCAUACUCGCUUUCAGCAGGCGGAUCCAUGGCCCACCCUUCUGUGCCAUCGAUGCUGUUCACUCCGAUCUGUCCACAUACCUUGAGCUUCCGACCUCUAAUUUUCCACGACAGCGCGACACUAAAGAUUGAGUUUCCUGCCACCAGUCGUGCGUCAGCGUGCUGUGUCUCUUUUGAUGGCAAAAAUCGUGUACAUAUGAAGCGUGGCGAUAGCAUAGUCGUCCGUGUCUCGUCCUACCCGCUGCCAUCAAUAUGUCGGGUGAAUGAGAACCAGGAUUGGUUUGAAUCAAUGAUAACGAAUCUCAACUGGAACCAACGCCGUGCUCAAAAACCCUGGCAACCUCCUGUCACCCGCAAGAUUUAA